AAACAUACACAUACCAAAUGCAAAACACUUCAUUAGCAUCCAUAGAAAAGUUCUCUCUUUUCCCUACCAAGAAAAUGGAAAAUAUGAGGAAUGACAAAUCUCAUGUUCUUAUUGUAAUAUUUCCAGGUCAAGGUCAUAUAAAUCCAUCUCUUCAAUUAUCUAAACGAUUGAUCGAUUUAGGUAUUAAAGUUACUCUAUCUACAAGUUUAUCAGCUUUCAAUAAAAUAAAAAUACUUCCAAAUAUUGAAGGAUUAAGUUUUGCUCCUUUCUCUGAUGGCUAUGAUGGCAAUUUCAAAGGUUCAUUUAAUGAGUUCCAUUUAUAUUAUUCUUCUAUAAAGUCUCAUGGGUCAGAAUUUAUUUUCAAUUUAAUUAAAUCAAAUGCAAAAAAUUGUACUCCUUUUACACAUAUUAUCUACACUGUUAUUAUGGAAUGGACUGGUUUGGUAGCAAAAGAAUUAAAUACUCCAUCUACAUUAUUUUGGAUCCAACCAGCCACAGUUUUUGAUAUUUAUUAUUAUAGAUAUACUGAUUAUUCUGAUUAUUUCAAGAACUGUGAUUCUAAUGAUAAAAUAAUAGAGUUACCAGGAUUGCCUCCACUUAGUCCAAUUGAUUUUCCUUCUUUUGUAUUUGAUAAUGUGGAGUGUAACAAUUGGGCAGCUGAGUCUAUUAAAACACAAAUUGAUUUAUUAAAUAGUGAAGAAAAUCCAAAAAUUCUUGUGAAUACUUUUGAUGAUUUAGAAUUGGAUGCUUUGAGGAUUUUGAACAAUGUGACUAUGAUUGGAAUUGGGCCUUCAAUUCCAUCAAUUUUUCUUGAUGAUAAUUCUUUUCGAGCUGAUAUGAUUGAAAUUAGUUCAAACAAUUAUAUGAAUUGGUUGGAUUUAAUGACAAAAGGAUCAGUUAUUUAUGUGGCAUUUGGUAGUUACACUGAGACAUCAAGUCAAUUGAUGGAGGAGAUUGGUCAAGGAUUGUUGAAAUGUGGAAGGCCAUUUUUGUGGGUGAUUAGGGAAGGACAAAAUGGGAAAAAUUUAACUUGCAAAGAUGAACUAGAAAAGAAGGGAAAGUUAGUGAAUUGGUGCUCACAAGCGGAAGUUUUGAAACAUCCUUCUGUUGGUUGUUUUCUGACUCAUUGUGGGUGGAAUUCCACCCUAGAAAGCAUAGCUUCUGGAGUUCCCGUUGUGGCAUGUCCAAUUUGGAACGAUCAACUUUGUAACGCGAAGCUUGUUCAAGAUGUUUGGAAGAAUGGCGUCAGAGUAAAUAUUGGUAAUAAAGGUAUUGCCGAAAGAGAUGAGUUUGAGAGGUGUAUAGAGAUCGUGAUGGGAAACAGCGAAGAAGGGGGUAAAUUGAGGAAUAAUGUCAAGAAAUGGAGCGACCUAGCUAAGGAAGCUAUGAAGAAAAAUGGUUCAUCAGUUGUGAAUCUCAAGACUUAUACUAAUGAAUUUUUUAUUUGAUGGUAGUAUUGGUAAAACAAAUAAAAUUAAGUGUUUUAUUUUUCUCUUUUAUAUAAUAGAAUGGUCUAUUUUUCAUCUGGAGAGUGAAUAAUGUCCCUCGAUCGAUGACCUUAUUAUAUAUAA